AUGAUUGACUCGCCCACCGAGUACGCGGGCUGUACCUGCGUAGAGACAGCCUUCCAACCGCUUCGCGGCCUCAGCAUACUGACUGGCAAGGUCGAAAUCCUUGAUUCCCAGAGAGUACCUCAAGUAAUACAGCAGAAGAUCACGGCACUGUGGGACCAGCCGACCUGGAGUGGAUACGAUACCACACCACUCCAGACCUGGACCAGCACCAUCAAACGGGCGGAAGCUUGUGAUAGCCUGGAUCAUAGUCUCCAGAACCUCGAACUGAUCGAUCUGCCUGAGCAGAAGACAUCGACGCAGGAGUCCAAUGGUGCUGUAACAGCCAUCGCCGUCAGCCUGAAUGAGAUCAGAAACAAGUUCAGGUACGGACACAAGGAUUUCAUCACUCCAGGUACCGAACGCUCAGUGAUCGAGCCGUAUAGAGACCUGGAGACUGCGCUCGAUCGGCUUGAUUUGGAUGAAGUCAGGAGGGAAGUCAUGGAGCAGGUGAUGGAGAAGGCGAGGCGGGAUCUUGGGGGGCUGGGAGAUGUCAUUAGUCGAUUGUCGUAG